CUUUUAUUGAAUUUUAAAUUAAAAUAGGAUUUUACAAUAAUUCUGUAUUUUUAUUUUUCCUUAAUUAAAGUUUUACAAUGUCUGAUGAAGUAGAGAAGACACGCCCAAAGAAGGAGCCUGUACGACUUUACACCCGUGCGGUUUUUCUGGGUUAUAAAAGAUCAAAGGUGAACCAAGAUCAGAAAUCUAGUCUUUUAAGAUUAGAGGGUGUAAAUACACGUGAGGAGACCUCUUUCUAUUUAGGAAAGCGUGUUGCAUAUGUAUACAAGGCCAAGGCUCUUAAGAAUGGAAAAAAACACCGAGUAGUUUGGGGGAAAGUCACUAGACCUCAUGGGAACGGUGGUGUAGUAAGAGCUAAAUUCAAAAAGAACCUACCACCAAAGGCUAUGGGACAUAGAGUCAGAGUCUUCUUGUACCCAUCAAACGCUUAACAUAAUCUUAUUUCCACGUG